UAGCAAGAAGAUUUCGAACUACUAAAGAGAGAGCGAGAGAAACUACUAGCAUAUAUCGAAAGGCAUCGUAUUCUUCGAUAAUAUACAAAGCCUGAUGGCAUUGCAGAGUUCUUCAAUAAUAUUUUCAGUAGGUCUCGAAUUUGGCGAAUGGAAUCGAUUAUUACAGGUUUUUGAGUUUCAACUAUGGAACCAAGUUGUGUUCAGUUUCUUGAGAACAAGACAGUUCUCGUCACUGGCGCAUCCGGUUUUCUUGCAAAAGUUUUCGUGGAGCGAGUUCUGAGAUUGCAACCAAACUUGAAGAGGCUUUAUCUCCUCGUAAGAGCAUCCGACAACAAGGCCGCGAAACAACGGUUACAUAAUGAGGUUUUUGAGAAAGAUUUGUUUAGGGUGUUGAGAAAGAAUGUUGGUGAUGAACGUCUAAACGCCUUAAUAUCAGAGAAAGUUGUUCCUGUUCCGGGUGACAUAUCACUGAACAACAUGGGACUGAGUGAUUCUAAUCUCUUACAAGAUAUGAUGCAAGAGAUCGACAUCAUUGUGAAUUCUGCUGCCACCACGAGAUUCGAUGAAAGAUAUGAUGUUGCUCUUGGAAUCAACACACUUGGACCUCUCAAUAUCCUUAACUUUGCUAAGAAGUGUGUGAAACCGCAAUUGCUUCUUCAUGUCUCUACAGCUUAUGUUUGUGGGAAAAGAUCCGGGCUCAUACUAGAGAAGCCUUUUGCUAUGGGGGAAACUCUCAAUGGAAAAAACAAGGUAGACAUCGAUGCGGAAAUGCGAUUGGUAGACCAGAAAUUGAAACAACUCAAGAAACUAGGUUAUUCGGAAGAAGAAACCAAACAAGCCAUGAAAGAUCUCGGAUUGCAAAGGGCAAAGCUUUAUGGAUGGCCAAAUACAUAUGUCUUCACGAAAGCAAUGGGAGAAAUGCUUCUUGGAUAUUGUAGAGAAUCUAUGCCUAUUGUAAUUAUACGUCCCACAAUAAUCACAAGCACUUUCUCCGACCCAUUUCCUGGUUGGGUUGAAGGUAUAAAAACCAUAGACAGUGUGAUUGUUUCACUCGGAAAGGGACUGCUAAAGUGUUUCCUUGUUGAUCAUAUGGCAGUAUGCGAUCUUAUACCCGUCGAUAUGGUGGCGAACGCUAUGAUUGUGACCGCAGCAGAACAUUCACGUGAGUCAGGGAGUCAUACCAUAUACCAUGUCGGCUCAUCUUACCGGAACCCAGUGAUGUAUAAACAGAUUUAUGAAAUUCUUAAUCGUUUUUUCAUGGAAAGCCCUCUGCUCGGUCGCAAUGGUUUGCCUAUUGUCCCAAACGUUACAAUAUUAUCCACAAUGGCUAGCUUUCGUGUCUACACGAGCCUUCGUUAUAAAUUACCUUUACAGAUAUUGCGAUUACUUAGAUUAAUUUUUCCAUCGCAACUCGGAGAGAAAUAUGAAGUUCUCAAUCGUAGAUUAAAUAUAGCGAUGAGAAUGGUGAAACUUUACAAGCCUUAUGUAAUCUUCAAGGGCAUAUUCGAUGAUAGUAACCUGGAAAGACUACGAAUCAAGAAUGAAGGCACAGAGAUAGAUAAACUGAUCGGCUCCACCUUAUGCAUUGAUUGGGAAGAUUACUUUACGAAUAUACAUAUCCGUGGCCUUAUUGCACACGUACUCAAGAAAUAAACUUCACAUACAAUUAUACUACUAUAGAGCAAAUUCUAUAGACAAGCUUGUGUUAGACUACUAUAUACUAUUAAACUUAGACGAAUAAAAUAUUCAUAAACAUUCAGAAUUUUGUGUGACGUGCUAUCGAAUUAUACAUCUAUAUUAAUAAAGUUGACAUGAAACUCUCCACAAGCCUCCACCUCAGCGUACCCUCUUCCUUUUCACGCCACGUGUCGUUCUAUAUUUCUUUUAUUCUUCUUCUUUAACGCGCGACGCUUCUCUCGCGGAUGGUUUUAUUAUGGGUUUAGUGUUUUCAAUUGAUUAAUGCACUGGGUUCUUAUGUCUUUUUCGCAAAGCAGGCCCAUAUGUAGUUAGGGUUUGUUUACGAUGUUGGAGAUGCAUAGUUUCAUCGGCGUGUCUCUUCGGAUCUCCCAUCUCCGAUCAACGCCAGUGUAACGACAGCAGUUAUUGUCUAUCCCAUGCUUUAAUCACAGCGUUGAAGUCAUUUGCACCACUCCUCCCACUCUCUUGCAUUUACUCGGCAUAAGCAUACUCCAAGAUGAUUUUGACUCAUUAACAUGCUGAUGAUGUACUCGGAUUAUAUAUGUUUUGUGCAACCGUUUAGUCCUACCAAUGAUAUAUCUUUCUCUCCGAUCUUCGUAAGCCACCGUUCUAUGGACAUCCUGCUGCGAAGUUCAUGUAUCUGGUCUAGAAGAACUUAAAGGAAGCCAAGAUGUUAGGAGAGUAAAUACAGCUGUAUAUGAGAGUAAUCAGAGAAGAUUGUGAGAAGUCAUUUGUAGCUUCAAACUUAUCAUUCACGCCACUUCAAAGGAUGCAUGGAGAAUACUAUGUCUGUCUUUGUUUGUUUCUUGGAGAAACAAUCCAUAGUGGCUUAUGUCUCUGAUCUGUCACCUUCUUCUUCAAGCACUGAGUAUGUUAUAUCAAAAUCUGCUGGUGCACAAUUGGAUCUCCUUAUCUUGGAUACAAUUUAUAAGAGAGGAUCCCACGACACUCGCUUAUCUUUCCUGCAGGUUAGCUUACUUUGGAGGGAUUUCAGUAAAGCUUGCGCAUGAUGGCUAGAUAGUCCCAAUUGAUCGAUCUAUGAAGAGGCUGAAUAUGAGAAGAUGAGGAUGCUUGUGUGGGCCUUUUUGUCUUAAGAUACAAAGGGAGCUGGAGAAAAAAAUGGCAAAGGGUUUUCUCGAAGAUACACUAAAAGUUAUUCAUUGUUUUGAACUGUCUAAAGUCGGGAUGUUUGUGUCGUUGUCAAAUUAAAGUUUAGUAUUUAACCAUUGCUUUUCAACU